AUGACCGUAAUUAACAGCAUAAAUCAACAGUCAACCUCCUUGCAACUUCAACCAUCUCCCAGUCCUUUGGAUAGUCAUGGGUUCUCCCAUCCGACACCCGCCGAUCAAGUAAGCAGAACGUGCACAGCAGGUGUGGAGAUUUCUACAGCAUUAGGAGCAGGACACUGCGAUGAAGUGAUGGCCGUCGACCAAUUUUUUGACGUAAAAACGCAAGCUGCUGUGAACUUGUCCCCACUACUCACAGAGGAUGCGUUUGGUUCCACUCCGGGACUCAUCCUCGAAUCCAUUCAAUGUUGA